AUGGCCAAUCCACUCGAUGACCGUCUCCUCACCUUAACAGCCAUCAUCACCGUGGUCUUCCAGUUUUCAUUCUUUCUUAUCACCUAUUUCCUUCGCUUCGACAAGGUCACCGACUUUGCGGGUACCACAAACUUUCUCAUCCUGGCUGUCGUCACGCUGACAGUCGGCGGUGCCUACCAGACCCGUCAGAUCGUCAUCAGUACUUGCGUCUUCAUCUGGGGGACCCGUCUCUGCGCCUUUCUUCUCUACCGCAUCAUUCUCUGGGGCGAGGAUCGCCGUUUUGAUGACAAACGAGAAAACUUAGGCCAGCUCGCCAUCUUUUGGUCUCUACAGGCUGUCUGGGCCUGGACCGUCUCCCUACCGGUCACAAUUGUCAACUCCAAGCCUGUCACCGACUCGCUAACGGCGUUGGAUUAUGUUGGAUGGAUCAUUUUCGCAUGCGGCGCACUUUUAGAGGCUGUCGCUGAUCAGCAAAAGCUACGGUACAAGCAGUCGGAGGCGUCGAAAGACCGCUGGACAGAUGUCGGAGUCUGGGCCUGGUCGAGGCAUCCCAACUUCUUCGGGGAAAUGUUAGUGUGGUGGGGCUUGUACAUGUCAGCGUUGAACGAUCUCAGGGGUGCGGAGCACGCGGCGAUAGCUGGGCCGAUUUUCAUCACGCUGCUGCUCAUGUUCGUGUCUGGGAUUCCGAUCUUAGAAAAGUCGGCCGAUGGAAAGCAUGGGAACAAGGAGGGGUAUGUCAUUUAUAAAAAACGAACGAGUGUACUCAUUCCGUGUCCUCCGGUGCUGUAUGUCAAGCUACCGGAAAUCCUCAAGGCGACAUUGUUGUUGGACUUCAAGUUGUACAACCCAGGGGGAAAGUCGGAAAACGACGAGAUGGUGACGGACCCAAAAGCGAAUGAGUCGACAUCGCUGGUCGACUUCGAGAAGAGAGCUUCGGGAGAGAGGAGCGCUGCAGCACAAAUUAUUAAUGUUUAG